AAGUCUCUCCAUCCGAGUCCACCUAGUAUCCUGUUUCACGUCUAGCAAGCUAACGGGGUGGCACAUAUGGCCAUCGCAUUGGUUGAGGUGUUUUCUGUAGUUUCCUUUGUUGACCCCAGUUUCUCUGAUAUGCGGUUAAAAGGUAUUGCGAACUGAGGACAUUAACAUUUCUCCCCUCACCUUUAUGAGAAGUCAGCAGAAUGAUCGCAUCCCUGUCUAAAGGAAAUCUCCUUGACGUGCUUCAGGAAGGUCCAAAUGAGCAACAACUGGCUGCCUAUGUGUCUUGGGUUAACGCACAGCUGAGGAAGAGGCCAGGUCUGACGCCUGUGAGCGACUUACGACAGGAUCUCAGAGAUGGUGUCGUCCUAGCACACCUCAUUGAGAUAGUGGCUGGUGAGCUGCUGGAUGGCAUUCAUUAUGUGCCACAGGACGACCAGGAGAAGAAGCAGAACGUGGAGAAGGUUCUGCAGUUUGUGUCAUCCAAACGAAUCCGAAUGCCACAGACCUCUGCCAGGGACAUUGUGGAGGGGAACCUCAAAUCUGCCAUGAGGCUCAUCCUUGCUCUGGCUGCACAUUUUAAACCCUCCUCAUCGGCCAAUCACAGAGCUAUGGGUGGCUUAAGCAGGAGUUCUACCAGCUCCUCAGCCAAUCACAGACCUCAUUCAACCAUGGCAAUGGCCCAGAAUGCAGCAGCAGCACUGGCAGUAGCCAGACAGGAUGCUUCACGCACAGGCCGCUCUGUCUUUCAACUAAGACAAGAAUGGAGCAGCCGUGGCUACAGUGGCGAAGAGGACAUGGAGAACCCCUGCUGGAGUGUCCGAGCACUGGUCCAACAGUAUGAGGGACAGCAAGGGACAAGUGAGGAGGACACAGCAGCAAGAUCCACAGGCCUCAGUUCACCCAGCCCAACUCAAACACCCAAAGACUCUGUCAGUCUGUCAGACGUAAAGGCGGGGAUUUUAAACAACCAUGAGAUAAAUAAAAAGUCAGAGGACACAGUGAAAUCGGCCCUGUGUGACCAAACUGUGGUCUCUGGACAUGAUGGUCUGACUGGGGUCUGCUCCUGGGAGGACACACUAUGUGAGCAACAGGAGCAGCUGGAGAGGGAGAUGCAGGAGGCACGAAUAAUGGUGUCCAGUCUACAGGCUCUUUUGCUCCAUGGUUCAUUACCUGAAGAUGAGCAGGAGGUUUCGCUCUGUCUGGGGGAUGGAGUUGAAAAUGCAGAGCACCAAUUGGUUAUAAUACGGAGUCGUCUGGACCAGAGCAUGGAGGAGAGUCAAAAUCUAAAGAGGGAGCUGUUGAGGUGCAAACAGGAGGCACGCAAUCUGCAGGGAGUAAAAGAUGCUCUUCAGCAGCGGAUGUCGAUUCAAGAGUCCUCCGUUCUGCAGCUUAAACAGGAGCUCCUACGCACCAGCAUGGCCAAAGAUGAGCUAGCAGGGCAAAACACUGAGCUACAGAGGAAGCUGGAGGAGAGAAACAGACUUCUCAGUGAAUAUAAGAAGGAGCUUGGUCAGAAAGAUCGGCUUAUGCAGCAGCAACAGAUUAAGCUGGAUGAGACGUUGCGCAAACUGACAGACAGCAGCAACCAGCAGGCUUGCCUGCAGAGGGAGCUAGAGCACAAGGAAACCAUUCUUAAAGGGUUAAUGAGCCAUGAGGCAGAGGAGCUCACAGGCACUCAAAAUAACGGCUACUCACUCCCGCCAAAUACAUCGAAAACCCACGAUCAGGCUGAGGAGCUGCAGAUAGUAAGAGAUGCUCUUCGUAGUCUAAGGAACAGCUUUGGAGGUCACGAUCCUCAGCAUCACACUCUGGACACACUUGAGCAAGGUGUGUCCAGCCUGAUGGAUCGCCUGUAUGACCAGGAAACACGCCACAGACAUGAGCGGAGGACUAGAACCAAAUCACCAGGACACAAAGCCUCUCAUGCAGAUAGAGACUCCUGGCCUCCUACUUCAAAAGUGGCUCAUUCUCACAGCAGUCCAUCACUUAACUCCUCAGUAACCACCAAAGUCCUGUACUUUACCGAUCGCUCGCUCACACCCUUUAUGAUCAACAUUCCCAAGAGACUGGGGGAGAUCACGUUGCGAGACUUCAAGGUGGCCGUAGAUCGAGAAGGCAAUUUUCGAUAUCAUUUUAAAGCAUUGGAUCCUGAGUUUGGCACUGUGAAGGAAGAGGUGUUUCAUGAUGAUGCAAUGGUGCCUGGUUGGGAAGGGAAGAUAGUGGCAUGGGUGGAGGAAGACCUUGGACAAAAAGGGAGUUAACGUGAGUCUGCAAGAAUCUGUGAAGUUUAUAGGAAAUGAAGAACGAAGAUGUAAUCUGUUCCAAAAUGCCAAAGUUACAAUCGGUUAACAAGUGUUCUAAUAUAAGUGUACAGAAAGUUCACCUCUGUUCAGUGCCCUUAAAAGUCAUGCAGGUGUAUUUUGCUCUGUCCUGAAUGAGCUUACAGUAAAAGGAGACACUUUGGAGAGCGUUACAAGAUGGAGAGUGUCAAAAUUACCCAGAUUUCUGUCCAGAUCAGUAUUACUUGCAGAGAGAGGGAAAACAAGAGAUUUCAGAUCAGAUGUUUUGCCAUGUCCAUUCCAAGCAAAUUCUUAAGGAACGCUUGUGUGUCAAGCAAACUUUGUUUGAUAGUGUUAUGAUAAGAUGGAAAUCUUACUUCACUAGGUACUGCCAGAGUUUUGACAAAACUACUUUUUAUUUAAUUUAACCAAAAUUUAAAUAAUUUUGCAGUGAAAAGAGAAACCUGACAAGAGAGAGAGAGAGAGAGAGAGAGAGAAAACCCUUGACUGUGUGAAUGUAGUCAUUAUAAAAUUAGGAAAGAACGACAGUAAAGUUUGUGAGUGCCAUCAGUUAAAAUACUUUAUUUCACUCUUUACUCAGAGAAAAAGUUUAACAAGAUCUUAAAGAAACGCUUCACCAAAAUAUGAAAAUUCUUAUAUGCGCUACAGCAUUUUGAGCCCCAGGAUUUUUUUUUACAAAAGGAUUAUUUUGUGUUCAGCUGAAGAAAGGAAAUAAUACUGUAUAUAUCUGGGAUUACAUGGGGCUGAGUAAAUUGCAAAUUUUCAUAUUCUGGUGAACUGUUCCUUUAAAUAUCAUUCAGUGUCUUUGUUAAUAGCCGUCUACUUAUCAACGUGAAAUGCAUUGCAACUAAUUUGCAGAGAGCGCACACCUAUUGUUAUUGUAGGCUUUUAAAUGUGUUGUGAGCUUUGCACUGUUCUGAGUUUUACUGGAGUUUACAGGAGAGUGCCUGUUACCAGAGAAUGGUCACCCAGUUUGCCUUUUGUAUUUUUGUUCUGUUUUAUAUUUAUGUAAAGAUGUACAUAUCUUAGGCAUAGUGCCUUCAUACUGUAUGUUGUCUGAUAAAUACUGAAUAAUAUUUUAAAGUUAUGAAAUGCCUCUUUUUGCCCACAAGAAAGGCGCGUAAUUCACUUAUCAGAGUGAAUUUUAAAUAACUGGAAUUCUCACUGUUGGGUUAUCAGGAUUGUUAUUUGGUUUACAAAUAAACAAUUUAAAAUGUA